AAGUUUGACAAGCUAUCUGAUAAGACGCGAUUCGCGAAGACUUGAGGUCAGUGUCAAACGCCGGAGGCGUCAGUGCGCGCCGCGACAUCAAACCGUACGCACGGUAGCGUCCAAUCCGGUGUGACACUUCACAAUAAUAACAACACAUAGUUGAUCCCGGUAUGUCAACGGCGUUGAACGGGCGCGUCAACGGACACGCCAAGAUGAACGGGGACCACAGGACCAACGGGACCAACGGGACAAAUGGGACCAACGGUCACGCUGAAGAUGCUGAGUGGGCCAGACAGUUCCUGCCGCCACCACUGAGGCUGGGUGAUGGGGCGAGGGCUUUAAAAGUGGAGUCAUGCCUGUCAGAGUUGAACCUGUGUGGCGCCACCUUGCGGCGCGUAGCCAACGUGUUCGAGCGAGAACUCACCAGGGGGCUUAGGCAACAGCCCUCUUCACUACAGAUGGAGAACACAUAUGUUCCUGAACUCCCUGAUGGCACAGAGGAAGGCGUGUUCCUUGCGCUGGACCUCGGCGGCACUAACUUCAGGAUCCUGCUGGUGGAACUGCGGAAGGGUCUGAUGGUGCGAGAGGACGUUAAACAAUACCACAUCAGUGACGAGCUCCGGCUGGGCCCCGGCGAAGACUUGUUCAACUUCCUCGCUGACUGCGUCCAGGACUUCGUGCGGUCUGAGGGCAUGGAGGACCAGGAGAUGUCACUAGGUUUCACCUUCUCAUUCCCAAUGAAGCAGCACUCCAUCUCGUCGGGCGAGCUGAUCACCUGGACGAAGAGCUUCAAGUGCGGCGGCAGGGGCGUCGACGUGGCGGCUUUGCUGCAGCGCUGCCUCCAUGAUAGGAAGCUCAAGGUCACAGUGAGGGUGCUGCUGAAUGAUACCACUGGGACACUGGUAGCUGGAGCUCAGCAGGAUAGAAGAGUGGAGAUCGGCGUGAUAAUGGGCACGGGGUCAAAUGGCUGCUACAUGGAGUCGGCGUCGGCGGUGACGCACUGGGAGGCGGCGCGGCGCGGGCGCGGCUGCGCCGUCUGCGUCGAUAUCGAGUGGGGGGCGUUUGGAGACAACGGCUGUUUGGACUUCUUGAGGACGGACUUGGAUAGAGAAGAAGUGGAUGCGCGUUUGCUGCUGGUGCGAUCUUUUACGUUCGAGAAGUACAUCGGCGGUAAAUACCUGGGCGACCUGCUGCGCGCGGCGCUGGCGCGGCUGGCGGGCGCGGGGCUGCUCCCCGCCGCCCCCCCGCCCGGCUCCAUCUCCUCGCUCCACGUCAGCCUGUUCGAGGAGGAAAACGAGAACGGUUCCACAACUCGGACGCUGGCGGCGUUACGAUCGGCGUGCCCCGAAACGGCGGCGGCGUGGACGGACGCCGACGCUCUUGUAGCCCAACACGCCGCUAGGAUGUGCUCUAACCGAGCUGCACAACUGGUCUCAGUUUGUGUAGCAGUUCUGGUGCAGCGUAUGGCGCGGCCCCACGUGGUGGUGGCGGUAGACGGGUCCGUGUUCAAGAGACAUCCGCGGAUCCGCGGGCUCAUGGAGAAAUACAUCGCGUUGCUGCAGCCUUAUGAGUUCUCUCUAAUGGGCGCCGAGGACGGUAGCGGGAAAGGGUCCGCGCUGACCGCGGCCAUUGCUGCACGCAUCUCUGCGCAAGACAACUAGGCUACGGUGCUAGCGGGACGGCGGUAUACAUCUGUCUCAUUUACACAGGCUAUCGAACCUACAGUGCGAGCGGGAUGGCGGUAUACCGCUGUCUCACUCACACAGGCUAUCGAACCUACAGUGACGUCAUUCGACAUCUAAAAGACAUUCUAAUACCUAUCGUGCGUUUUGCUCCUGCUUGCCCGUAGAUAACGUUCCGAUGUCAGUGUUCGUUUGAAUUUGUAUGUAAAUCCUGACCAGAAAUGUAUAUAACAUACAUACAUACAAUCACGCCUGUAUCCCAUAAAGGGGUAGGCAGAACACAUGAAACUACUAAAGCUUCAGUGCCACUCUUGGCAAAUAAGGGGUUGAAAGAAAA